AUGACUCUAGAUGUCAUUGAUUCGGAAUUAACAUCGGUCGUGCUGUACACGCCAUUGCCAUGGCCAAUGCGACUAGAUGUGCUACCUUUUCUCUUCCUCUAUGUCACAAGUAUCUAUCUGUAUACAUUAGGACCAGUAGAUGACGUAAUCCCGUGGGUCCUUGGUGCCUUUAGCGUCUUUUGCCAUGCGUUGGCAUUACUAAGUGCCGAAUGGAAUGUGAAUGUUCGUUGCUGGAUGUCUUGCUCACGUUUAAACGCAAUAAUAAAGGAGGACUGUAUCCAGAUGUUAGUCAAGGUAAAACCGGCACUCACAAGUUUACCUAAACAGCUAUGCAACUGUCAUGUAGUGCUCAAGGAAGAGAAGGCGACGUCUAAGGAUCAACUGGCAGUCUAUUUCUUCUAUCAGAACCUUAAAUUUUAUCUGUACAAGGACAUGGACACUAUAAAUUGUAGCAGUGGUAUACAAGUUCGUCGUCUUGAGUUCCCGUCCUCGAGAACGUUGGAGUUUUAUCUUCAAAACACAGGCGUCAGGUCGAUGGAGGAGCUACAGCAAGCUCGAAAGAAGUGGGGCAAGAAUGACUUUGAAUUACCGAGACCUAAAUUUAUUGAGCUGCUAAAGGAGCAGCUAGCGGCUCCGUUCUUUGUCUUUCAGUUUUUCUGCAUGCUGCUCUGGUGUCUCGACGAGUACAUGUACUACUCACUACUAACGCUGCUGAUGCUCGUAACUUUUGAGUGCACGGUAGUCAAGCAGCGCCAGCAAAAUAUGGACACGCUGCUGCAUAUGCGGCGCCCACCACAGCUAUGCCUGGUCUAUCGGUCUGGUCGCUGGAGUCAGAUCUUGAGUGACGAUCUGGUUCCUGGUGACAUCUGCUCUGUUGGCCACAAUGAAAACGACAACGUGGUGCCUUGUGACUUGUUGCUGCUCCGCGGAAGCUGCGUUGUCAACGAGUCAAUGCUUUCUGGAGAGUCCGUUCCAUUGCGCAAGGAAGCUGUUGGAGCAUCGAUUGUGAGCGACGAGGACAUGCUCAAGAAUCUUGAGAUUGACAAUGGCACUAGUAUGAUACACAAGAGACACGUGCUGUAUGGUGGCACUAUGAUUCUUCAACACACAAUUCCGUUCUUGAAGGAUACGGUGCCUGUAUCUGCACCCCCUGACGGAGGUGCUGUUGGGUUUGUUCUCAAAACGGGCUUUGGCACGACUCAAGGAAGUUUAAUGCGCACUAUUUUGCAUUCGUCUCAGCGCGUCACAGCAAACAACUCCGAAGCAAUGUGGUUUAUCGUUCUUUUGCUCAACUUUGCGGUAGCUGCAGCAGCCUUUGUGUUUGUACAGGGGUUCAAUGAUCCGACUCGCAACCAGUCUAAGCUGUUCCUUCACUGUAUUAUGAUCAUCACGUCAGUAGUGCCACCAGAGCUCCCUAUGGAACUGUCACUAGCAGUAACGAACUCGCUGAUUGCGCUGACAAGGAGCAACAUUUUCUGUACCGAGCCAUUUCGAAUCCCUGUUGCCGGUCGAAUUGACAUCUGCUGUUUCGAUAAGACUGGCACAUUAACAAGCGAUGAACUCAAGUUGCAUGGUGUAGCAGGCUUGGAAACGCAUGUUAAGCAUAAAGAGAGAAGUAAGCAUUGCGGUGAACUGGAUAUUAUUGCACCUGAGCAGCUACCUCUUGAUACGGAAUUGGUACUAGCAGGGUGCCAAUCACUGGUCCUGCUUCACGGACGUGUCGCUGGAGACGUGCUUGAGAUGACGGCCGUUCGAAGCAUUAACUGGUGCUUAACAAGCCGCGAAGGUGAAGCGGAGGGCCUAACAAGCGUCCAACCAUCUUUGUACUCUAGCCGCCGAGGGGAAAUUCAAGAGGUUACUAUCCUACGCAGCUUUGCUUUUUUCUCGGAGCUUAAGCGCAUGACCACAGUUGUAUGUGUGCGAAAGGCUGAUAAUAAUGAACAAGACGAGCAGCGUGUUCUUACUAAAGGUGCACCUGAGGUACUCGAGUCCAUUUUUACCAACAAGCCGCCAUACUACCGCCGUGUGUACCACUAUUAUGCAUCCAAAGGAUGUCGCGUCUUGGCUCUGGGCUUCCGCGUAUUGCCCGUGGAAAUCUCGUUGGACGAGUUGCGGCGGAAGCCACGUUGCGAGUUAGAAAGUUCGCUGACAUUUGCGGGGUUCCUGAUCCUGAAUUGUCCACUGAAGACUGACACAAAGCAAACUAUUCGGGAGCUGAUGGUUUCGAAGCAUCAAGUAGUUAUGGUAACGGGUGACAAUCCUCUGACUGCCUGUGAUGUAGCCCGACAAGUGGGGAUCAAUGCGGGGUAUUCGAAACAGCCGUUGAUUUUGACGCCUAGUGUGCAAGCAGGAUCAGUUGAGUGGAAGCCUAUCGACGACGGCUCAACUGCUAUUGAGGAGGACAUUGUUCCUUUCAGCGCUGCUGAAGUUGGCAAGAUGCAAGUUCAAUAUAAUCUGUGUGUGACGGGUGAAGCCAUGGCAAUGCUUUUCAAGCAGCAGGAGGAUAAGUGUAAUGAUCAUGCGACUGCGCUCGAGGCGUUUCUUACCGUCCUUGAGAAAUUAUGCCUGUGCACCACUGUCUUCGCUCGAACGUCACCUCAGCAGAAGGAAUAUCUUAUUAUGGUAAUGAAUCGGUGUGGUAAGAUAACUGCCAUGUGCGGCGAUGGCACUAACGAUGUGGGUGCCUUGAAACAAGCUCACAUCGGCAUUUCAGUUGUAAACUCGACAAGUUUCGAGAGUAAUCCUCAUGUGGUUGAUACUGGAAAAGGAAGCGGCAAUGUUGCAACUCAUGAAGGUCUUCGCCACCGGCGACAGCUUGGACGUAUUUGUUACACUAUGAAUGAGUUGCGCAGUGAUGAUGCGCAGAUUGUGCGAGUUGGAGACGCUUCGAUUGCGUCACCAUUCACGUCGAAGAGCUCAAGCAUUCGUGUAAUGAAGAAGCUGAUCCGUCAAGGACGAUGUACGCUCGUGAUUACGAUCCAGAUGUACAAGAUUUUGGGUAUCAAUUGUCUUGUGACGGCGUACUAUUUGAGCUCUCUCUUUGUUCACGGUGUGAAGAAUGGCGAUCAGCAACUAACAAUUUCGGGGCUGUCCAUCGCAAUGUUCUUUCUGUUUAUGUCGCGAGCGAAACCUGCGCGCAAGCUCUCACACCAGCGUCCACCGUCAGGAGUAUUCUGUAGGUCCGUGAUGAUGUCGAUCUUUGGUCAAUUUGUGAUUCAUUUGGCAUUUUUAGCGGCCGCUCUCCACGUGGCCCAACCUUUUGUCGAGCUUGGAGACCCAGCAAUGCAUCCAGAUGGGAAAUUUACACCAAAUGUGGUCAACAGUAUCAUGUUUCUUAUGUCCUCGAUUAUGCAAGUAAACACUUUUGUGGCCAACUACUGUGGAGAACCAUUUAUGGAAGGAUUUUGGAAAAACAAGCUGCUUUAUCGCAGCGCGCUCUUCAACUACGCUGUGCUGGCAAUAAUUAUUGGAGAGAUGUUUACGCCUAUCAACUCAAUGCUGGAGUUGGUGGCAAUGCCGAACAAACAGACACAGCUUGCUGUCGCAGCUCUUAUGACAGGCGACACGAUUGUGACGCUGGCUUUUGAACAUGCUGUCCAGAUGAUUGGUUAA